UCGGGCUCUAGUCCCUGAGCUCAGCGAACGCGCGAUGACCACGUGGAGCCUCCGGCGGAGGCCCGGCCGCACACUCGGGCUCCUGCUGCUGGUGCUCUUGAGCUUCUUGGUGCUCCGCAGGUUGGACUGGAGUGCUCUGAUCCCCUUGUGGCUGCGACAGCGGCAGUUAGGGCUGCAGGCCAAAGGCCAAAACUUCAUGCUAGAGGACUCCACCUUCUGGAUCUUCGGGGGCUCCAUCCACUAUUUCCGGGUGCCCAAGGAAUACUGGAGGGACCGCCUGCUGAAGAUGAAAGCCUGUGGCAUGAACACCCUUACUACCUAUGUCCCGUGGAAUCUCCAUGAGCCAGAAAGAGGCAAAUUUGACUUCUCUGGGAACCUGGACCUGGAGGCCUUCAUCCUGCUUGCUGCGGAGCUGGGGCUGUGGGUGAUCCUGCGUCCAGGCCCCUACGUCUGCAGCGAGAUCGACCUCGGGGGCUUGCCCAGCUGGCUGCUCCAAGAUCCUGGCAUGCGGCUGAGGACAACUUACAAGGGCUUCACUGAAGCCGUGGACCUCUAUUUUGAUCACCUGAUGUCCAGGGUGGUGCCACUGCAGUACAAGCAUGGGGGACCCAUCAUUGCUGUGCAGGUGGAGAAUGAAUAUGGUUCCUAUAACAAAGACCCUGCUUAUAUGCCUUAUGUCAAGAAGGCCCUGGAGGACCGCGGUAUCGUGGAGCUGCUCCUGACUUCAGACAACAAGGAUGGCCUGAGCAAGGGCGUCGUUCCUGGAGCACUGGCCACCAUCAACUUGCAGUCACAGCACGAGCUGCAGUUACUCAACACCUUUCUCGUGAAUGCCCAGGUGGUCCAGCCCAAGAUGGUGAUGGAGUACUGGACUGGCUGGUUUGACUCGUGGGGGGGCCCACACCAUAUCUUGGAUUCUUCAGAGGUCUUAAAAACAGUGUCUGCCCUCGUCGAUGCUGGCUCCUCCAUCAACCUCUACAUGUUCCACGGGGGCACCAACUUUGGCUUCAUGAACGGUGCCAUGCAUUUCCACGACUACAGUGCAGACGUCACCAGCUACGACUACGACGCUGUGCUGACAGAGGCCGGAGACUACACAGCCAAGUACAUCAAGCUCCGAGACUUUUUCAGCUCCAUCUCAGCUGCCCCUCUCCCUGCCCCACCUGACCUUCUACCCAAGACGUCCUACGAGCCAGUGUCCCCAGUUUUCUACCUGUCGCUGUGGGAUGCCCUCAAGUACUUGGAGGAGCCAAUCAAGUCUGAAAAGCCAAUCAACAUGGAGAACCUGCCCGUAAACAAUGGGAACGGACAGUCCUUCGGGUACAUUCUGUAUGAGACCACCAUCACCUCGUCGGGCACCCUCCAUGGUCUCGUACGUGACCGGGGCCAGGUAUUUGUGAACACAGUAUCCAUAGGAUUCUUGGACUAUAAAACAACGAAGAUUGUUAUCCCCUUGACCCAGGGUUUCACUGUGCUGAGGAUCUUGGUGGAGAAUCGUGGGCGAGUCAACUACGGUGAUAACAUCGAUGACCAACGCAAAGGUAUCAUUGGAAAUCUCUAUCUGGAUAACUCUCCCCUAAAUAAAUUCAGAAUCUACAGCCUGGAUAUGAAAAAGAGCUUCUUUCAGAGGUUUGACUCCAAAAAAUGGAUUUCUGUCCCAGAAGUGCCUACUUUCCCUGCUUUCCUCUUGGCGGCCCUGAUAGUUGGCCCUUCCCAUUCCGACACCUUUCUGAAGCUUGAGGGCUGGGAGAAGGGGGUUGUGUUCAUUAAUGGGCAGAACCUCGGACGCUACUGGAACAUUGGCCCCCAGGAGACCCUGUACCUCCCUGGCACCUGGCUGGACAGAGGACUCAACCAGAUCAUCGUGUUCGAGGAGACGAUGGCAGGCCCCGCGAUACAGUUCACCGAGACGCCCCACCUGGGCCGGAACCAGGUGACGAACUGAACUCAGAGACAGACGCCCAGCCACGCGUCCCCUGGCGUUGAGCGUGUUCCCACUUCUCCUCACUGAGCAGCGUGCUGGGGGGAGUGUACGUCCCAGCAGAAACACAGCCCGUCCCCAGUGUCUGGGGAAGGGCAGACGGCCCAGCGCAAUGGCACUGGGUAGGUGUCACCCUGGGGAUGCCGGGUCGCCCCAGGGCCUGCAGGCCUAGCCCAGGCCUUGCCUUCAGCUCCUGGGCUCUUCCCGGGUAGCCAAGCAGCGGGAAGAGAGGCAGCUUCCUUCCUAGUCGUUGCCCAUUGCCAUGUCUAAACCGGGUGGAGGAGCUGGCCCAGGCCCAGUGACCUGGCUCAGGGAGCAUCGCAAUAAAACAAGAUGAAUCAGACCCUU